UUAUACAAAUCGGGUUUGCCGUGCGGCACUUGCGUUUUGGGUCGGGUACGGACCCGCAAAAAGAGCUCCGUCAGUUCCUCUACCUCCUCUGUAGGAGCACACUUGUUUCGGAAAGGAACGCAGAUUCACGCCACGCCGCCGCCUCAAUUAUAUGGCGCCGGCGUUCUCGGCACAGGUCCCCGCGCUCCGACGGGGAGCACUGCGCGUGCGGUGGGUCACGGCUGCGCUGUUCUCAUCGGGGAUUCUCGCCGGCAACAAGCCGAUUCUGGUGCGUGACUUCGUGAGGUCAGCGUUGUACGACCCCAACCAUGGCUACUUCUCCAAGCGGGCGGGACCGGUGGGCGUUCUUGACGCCAGCAUCCGCUUCAACCAGCUCGAGGGGAGGAGUGCAUAUAUACAGCACCUUGAUAAGCUGUAUAAGAAGCAUGAUAUCGCUUGGUUUACUCCCGUGGAGCUCUUUAAGCCAUGGUAUGCCUACACAAUAGCAGCAUCGAUUCUGCGUACAGCAAAUCUUUCAGUCCCAUUGAAGAUAUACGAGAUUGGUGGUGGCUCUGGAACAUGCGCAAAGUGCAUACUUGAUUACAUGAUGCUGAAUGCGCCACCAAAAGUCUACAAUGAUAUGAAAUACAUCUCAGUAGAGAUUAGCUCCUCUCUUGCUGAGAAGCAAUUGGAAACUGUUGGUGAAGUGCAAAGCCAUUUGUCAAAGUUCACGGUGGAGCACCGGGAUGCAAUUAACAGACCUGGAUGGGGCCGCACGGAUCCUCAUCCAUGUUGGGUGCUUAUGCUUGAGGUACUUGACAAUCUACCACAUGACCUUGUCUAUUCACCAGAUCAGGUCUCUCCAUGGAUGGAAGUGUGGAUUGAAAAAGUAAAAGGCAGUUCACAAGCUUCCGAAGUCUAUAAGCCAUUACAAGACCCAUUGAUUUCUCGCUGUGUUGAUAUUAUUGGCAUGAAUGAAGACAAAGCUUCUGUCAGUGAAAAACUAACAUUUGCUGCAAAAGGAGUUCUAUCAAAAGUAUUCCCAAAGCCUCGUAGAGCUUGGUUGCCCACCGGCUGCUUGAAACUAAUGGAUACUCUACAUCAAGCUUUACCGAGCAUGUCCCUUAUUGCUUCAGACUUCAGCUAUCUUCCAGACGUUAGCAUACCUGGUGACAGGGCUCCAUUGGUUUCAUCAAAGGAUGGGAAGACAUCAGAUCAUCGCAACUACUUUGAUGCUCAGGGUGACGCGGACAUCUUCUUCCCAACCGACUUCCGGCUCCUGGAGCAGAUCGACCAUAACUGCGCUGGCUUCUCAAAGGAGCAGAAGAAUCCCGGCGCAUUCAAACCCGUGAAGAAGAGGAGAACGAUCAUACUUGAUACUGCAGCCUUCAUGGAGGAGUUUGGCAUGCCGCUGAAGACGAGGACCAAAGACGGGUAUAAUCCGCUUCUCGACGAUUUCAAGAACACAAAGUUCUAUCUCAGCGUCCCUACACACAACGUUCCUACCCAUAGCAGGAGGAACUAGUCUUCUUUCCUUUUGCUGAUGUGUCACGAGUCAGGAAAAGACGUCUGACAGGCUAGAAUCGGUCUGUCAUUUUGAGUAGUCUGAAUUUGCAAGUUUUCUUACCUUAAGGUGCUGAAAAUUUUAUAGUUUCUCUUUUCUGUAGAACAAAGUUUUUAUUAUCAUUUUUGACAUUGAUGCAUGGGUAAUAAAAGGUGGAAGAAGACUGACUAA